AAUAAUAAAAGUGAUACUGUAUAUACAAUACAUUAAAACAUGUUACGGAUGAAGAUACAAAUAACAUGAAAAAGGCGAAUAUACAGAACAACAGCUUGUUUAUUGUAUACCUGCUAAUUGCUAGCCAGUACCAUACAAUUGGCAUCCAAUGAAAUCAUGAAAGGAAAUCGACAUUGUAACACACAUGUGUGUCCAAAGAUGCUAAAAUGUGUAGGAAUAUAAAACACUGACAUGAUGUUUAUAAAGAGAUUUCGAAGGUUUCGAACUAAAGGAACAUUUGGAUGUAUCGGUGUAUUGUUCUUGUUAUCAGCUUUUCAAAUGCACAGUUCCAUGAACAAGGUGAAUCAUGGAAUCAAACAGAGGAGUGAGGGAAUAUGUCAGAAAUAUAAAACAACAGAAAAAAGAACGUUGAAUGGUUUUGUGGUGCGCCGUGAGAAUCAUUUACUCUAUUACUGCGAUGUUCCAAAGGUUCUGCGUUCAUGAAUGCACUAUUUAGGGAAGCUUUUUCGUGUAAUGACUGUUAUUAUAAGAAAGUAAAUAUGGCAUAUAAGAGAAAAAAAUACAACUACGUUAAACAGAAGAUAGAAAAUUCUACGUAUUCUUUUAUGUUUGUAAGAGAGCCGUAUAGUCGUUUAUUUGCGACUUUCGAAAAUAAACUUUACUGCCCAAACGAACUUUGGCAAAUACUGGGAACUGAUGUCGUCAGAGUUGUUCGUAAAAAUGCCACGUGGUUAAGUAAACAAUUUGGACAUGACGUUACAUUUGCUGAAUUGGUAGAAUAUGUUGUUACUUUAUUUGAACAUGACUGGCGUUUAAAUAUUCAUUUAGCUCCUAUGCAUACUAGAUGUGACCCCUGCUAUAUUAAAUUUAACUUUAUUGGAAAGUUAGAGAAAAUGACAGAUAACAUAAUAGCAUUAGCUGAAAUGUGGAGAAAAAACGGAAUUAAAGUUGACUUUGAGAGUAGUGUAGACGUUAAAGAACUUGAACUUAAACACAAGCGAGAUAUGGGUCCUAUAACUCAUAUGUUUACUACAUUAUCGAGAUCGCCGGAGCUAUCAAGAUACGAUCUCUUUCAAAGACUCUGGUCAAGCUAUCAAAUUAGAGGAUUGAUCUUGAACGAACAUAAAAUGCCUUUUAGAGAAGAUCUCGUGAACGGCAUCGACAAUGUAAUGUAUGAGUUAGCAGUUAAAGAAGCAAUUGAACAAAGUUCAAAUAAUGUAACUGCUUUGAAUAAUCAACGCAAGGAAGCAUUGAUAAAAGCCUACAGAACGGUGCCUAUGGAACAUAUGCUUAGGUUAAGAAAUGUACUCAAAACUGAUUGUGAAUUGUUUGGCUAUGAUGAUAUGCCUCAGGCACUUUUCAAUAGGAGCACUUCUAUAAAUGUAAUAAUGGAAAAUACGUAAUUUAAAUCAUUAUAUAAUUUGUAAUAGAAAGAAACAUGACACUUGUUAUUCAUUUGUUAUUUUAAAACUGCUAAUUAAAGCCCGCCCGCUUAGCUUCAUAGGGAGAGCGUAGAUCUACGGAUCGCAGUGUCCUGUGUUAAUUUAAUCCCCGGGCGAGGCGAAUGUUCUCCGGGACGAUUUGAUAAAUAGCAUUUGGUCUGAAAUCAUUCGUACUUCACCUCUGAUUCAUGUGGAGAAAAUUGUAGAUACUUGUGGAGAACAGAUUUGUACUGGUACAGAAACCACGAACACUAGUUAAGCUAAUUGCCCGCCGUUGCAUAACUGAAAAAUGAAAACAAUGUUGAAAAACGGCGCGAAACCCAAACAAACAAACUGCAUUAACCACUUUUUACACAACUUCAAAUGCAUAGCUGUAUGAUAAAGACUGGAAACCUUUUGUAAAUGCUGCACAGUCAAGACUCACCCAAACUGUGAAAGUAUAUAUUCCAGGUAGAUUUUUGUCAUAUGUAUAUUAAUCAUAUUUGCAGGAUAAAUACAGGUAUAAAUUUUAAAUGUUUUGUCUUAUUUCAUGUGUGACUUUCGCUCGUAAGAAGAACAGUAUUCUUUUAGUUUAUUUUUGAUCGUUAGUGAGGAAUACUUGAUAUAAAAUUAUGUGAAUUCUUGAAAAUGUUACUUGAUAAAUAACUUGGGCAGGAUUUCAAAUAAUAAAAGUUUGAAUUGAUUUGUGCGUUACAAAGCGCUUUGUUAAGUGACGUUGACGUAAUUUAAAACCUGUUAAUGUCAUAUGAAGUUCCCUAUAUCUGUCCAGAAUACUUACGAUGGCUUUCCCGUACAGAAAUAACUGAAUGUUUUAUUUUUAAUUUUAAUAAAGCCAUUGUUAACUAAACAAUUUUAAGAUACGCCUACUUCUGACAAGCAUAAAUAUCGAUAAAAAUUGACAAAAAAGAUAAGGGUAGAAAACACCAGAAAAACUGCAUAUAAGAUUGGACAUAACGUGUAAUGAUAAAUUUAUAACAAAUAUUUUGCAUAAAAGAUGUUAGAAUUUAAAAUUUGCAUAUUUGCCAUAAAUGGGUGUAGUGUUUUUAAUUUUCAUGUGUUUAUGUUUUUUCUAUACCGAUACCUAU